CCCGAGUAGUGAGUCAAGACCCCUCGAUAGAAGUUAACCUGUUCGGUGUAUGUGUUGAGGCGUGGAAUCGUUGUUGAUUGUGCACUUUCACCAUGGUGACCACCAAGACUUGGUUUAGUACCACCCCCUAUAGUAAGGAACAAGAGGAGAGAGCUGCCGCCGUUUUGCGAGAAAGGAAGGAGAGAAUGGAGAAGAGGGAGUUAAUCAAGCAGGCCAAGAUGUUGGCACUGCCGGAGAAGCAAGAAGCAAAGAAGAAGCAGAUGGAGGAGGAGCUGAAGAAGGAGCAGGAGGAGAAGAUGACGACUAUACAAGAGGAGGUGGAGAAAGAAGAAGAAGAAGAAAGAAGAAGUAGAGGAAGAAGAGCCAUUGGAGAGAACGAGAGGGGAAGCCAGCACAAGCAAAGAAAUCUAGAUUGCAAACAUUGCAUAGGAGGAGUCAUGCCUGAGGGCCACAUUUUGGUGGCCUUCGAGGCCCUUCGAGAUGAGGCGACCAACUUUGCUAGGUCGCUCGCCCAUGCUGCAAAUUGUGAUAACGAUAUGAUUACGUAUUUGAGACUGACACCUCUCUCUGAGUUCCUAAAAUCGCUCAAGGAGCGAUUCUCAGAUGUGACGCUGGGGCUCAAAGCCUCCGACAAACUCCAAAUGAUACACACUCGCCCAUGGAAGAGUGUACACGCCCUCAAGUCCGCCAUGGACGAACUGAUUGCGGUCCUUGGGCAUGGAGUAACCGCUGCCCAGCUUCUUAACCUCUUCUAUCGUGCCCUCCCUGACAACAUUCAGGGACAUUUCUUCGAGAAGAAGAACCAGCAGGGCAUGCAUUAUGAUACUCUUCGUCGGGAGGCAGUUGCUUUUGCCGCCCAAGCAUCGCUAGUUACCACGUUUUGGCACAAAGAUCUGUCAAAGGGAAAAACGUGGAAGGGACGCACCAUCUCAGACCAAAUUAAGGCCAAAGAUAGUUUGAUACUAACAAUGGAGGAAGGUGGUGCCGACGAGGUUCCCUACCCUAACAUCAAGUGGGGACUAGAGGAGGAGGAGAACAGCGGCACAGGCCAGGGGAGAACCUACGCUGUUGUCGCGACCGGAGGGAGGCCAAGGGAGGAGGACAACGAUCCGGCCAGAAUGGUUGGGCCCCAGGUGGCCGAGGACAGGGCGGCCAGGGGGUUGGCGGCAACGGCAACCGCCAAGAGGGAGGAAGGGGAGGACCCCUACGCUAGUCAGUAUGGCAUAGGUGUCGUCCUACAGCAAGAUGACGGCAACGGUUAUAGGCCCGUAGAGUUCAUGUCAGCUAGGCUGCCCUCAGAGAAAGUUGCAGCAUUGACAUAUGAGAGGGAACUCUACGCUCUCAGGCAGGUUUUAGACCACUGGAGGCACUACCUGCUUGGGAGGCACUUCAAGGUUUACUCAGACCAGGAGACUCUUAGAUGGCUAAAGACACAGGCCAAGAUGACGCCCAAGUCUAGAUGGGUUGCUGAGAUAGAUCAGUUUGACUUUGAGUUAAAGCUUGUAAAAGGAAAGUACAACGUGGUAGCCGAUGCUCUGAGUAGGAGAGCUGAUUACUUCGGCGCGAUAGUGCACUAUCUAGACAUAGGGGCCGACCUGCAGCAAAAGAUCAGGGAUGCAAAUGCUCAGGACCUGAUCUACAAUGAAUUGAUGAAGAGAUUAAGGGAGGCCCCAGAUAGCGAGUUGCACUACCGAACCACGAAUGGGCUACUGUUUGAGAAUACCAAUGUCGCUGACAGACUAUGCGUCCCCAAUAGCGAAGAGAUCAGGCUAGCCUGAUCUUAGGGGAGUGCCACGAUACAGAAGGGCACUUCGGAUGGCAAAAGACUCUAGCUAACCUGAUGACGUCAUAUACGUGGCCAAGCAUGAAAGCAGAUUGCAUAGAGUAUGUGCGCAGCUGCAAGGUAUGUCAGCAGAAUAAAACUACAACCAGAGC